CUUAUAGUUUCGAUUUGAAUAGACAUCUCUCAUAUAAAGAGAAGUACAUUCGAGCAUGUAGGUCCAUGAUUCGAGCGACAUUGCCUUGGAUCUAAGUGCUUUCCAUCCUAUUUUCCUGUGUAUUGGAAUCCGGAUUGGAAUAACUUUUUUUGAACAGGAACUGUUUUGAGUACCAUAUAUUUGUAAUUAUAAAGGCCUACACCUCUUUUUGAAAAGACGAUGAAGACUUUCAUCAUCGUGUUACUGUCCGUGGCUGGCGCCCUCGCUACCAGACUCCCAUCACGUGACUUUGAUGAGGAAUGGAAGGAAUGGGUGGACUACCAUGGCAAGGAGUACAGCGCCAUGGGCGAGGAGAUGGAGAGGAGAAUGAUCUGGGAGGAUAACCUCAGGAUUAUCACCAAGCACAACCUCGAGCACAGUCAGGGCAAGACGACCUACCGUCUUGGUAUGAACGAGUUCGGAGACAUGACCAAUGCUGAGUUUGUAGCCACUAGGACCAUGAAGAAGAUGAGUGGAGUGCCAAAGGUUGGUCAAGGAUCCACCUUCCUGCCCUCCGAGUUCCUUCAGCUUCCAGACUCUGUGGAUUGGAGGACCGAAGGAUACGUCACACCAGUCAAGGAUCAGGGUCAAUGUGGAUCAUGUUGGGCCUUCAGCACCGUGGGCGCCUUGGAAGGCCAACACUUCGUCAAGACGGGUACACUGGUGAGCUUGAGCGAGCAGAACCUGGUGGACUGUUCUCAAGCAGAGGGUAAUGAUGGUUGCAACGGUGGCUGGCCUGCCUGGGCAGACGAGUACAUCAAGAGUAAUGGCGGAAUCGACACAGAAGUUGGAUACCCUUACGAAGGAGUGGAUGAUAGCUGCCAUUACAGAACGUCCGACGUUGGUGCGACCAUUACUGGUUUCGCGGAAGUCGAGGCCGAUAGCGAGAAGGCUCUUGAGAAAGCUCUUGCCCAGGUCGGUCCCAUCUCCGUCUGUAUUGAUGCUACCCAACCAUCCUUCCAACUAUACGAGUCAGGUGUAUAUGAUGAGCCAGACUGUUCAAGCACUGCUCUCGACCAUUGUGUCACGGCCGUUGGAUACGAUUCUACAGCAGAUGGUGACAAGUACUAUAUCGUGAAGAACAGCUGGGGAACAACCUGGGGUCAGGAAGGAUACAUCUGGAUGUCACGUGACAAACAAAACCAAUGUGGUAUCGCCACCAAUGCCACCUACCCAUUGGUUUAAACACUGAUAUGCUCUUCCUAUGAAGCCAAAUGAUGGCGAGGGGGGGGGGGGGGGUCUAGUUUGGAUGAGGAGGAGGAGGGGGCUGACGCAUUAGUUGGACAAAAUGUAAAAGUCUCGGGUGUGUCGUUUCAUUUCUUUUUUUCACGUUCAUUUGUCCCUUUCCCGUCUCUCAUCCACCCCACAGAUUCUCUCUCUCUCUCUCUCUCUCUCUCUCUCUCUCUCUUUCUCUCUCUCUUUCUUUCUCUCUUUCUUUCUCUCUUUCUCUCUCUCUCUCUCACCCUAUCUCCCUUUCUUCUUGCCUUUCUCUGCCUGUCUCUUUCCUUUGUACUCUAUCAAUUUGAUUUCUUUUGCCAUUCAAUUAGAGGCAAGUUUCAUUCCCUCUUAAGUUAUAGCUACGCCACCGUUUAAUAAAAAAAGAGGAAUAACAUUUCGUUAAAAUAUAGAAUUGAUCAACGAUACUGAUUCAUUUAUAAAGGAAUAUGCUUUCAACAUGGUGCGCCGAGUGAUAGUAAUGUUCAAUUGAUCAAAAUAUAAUAUCUUAAUACGUUUAGGAUGAUGUUAUUUUUACCAUUCUAUAAAUAUGUUUACCGAAUAUGAGAGUGCUUUGUUGAAUAAAUUUAUUGCCAUAUUUAGAAAAGAAUUGACAAGAAUUACAUCUCCAAGGAAACGGGCCAUUAUGCAUUGGUUUGCAUUAAUUAUGACUGUGUACAUAAGAUUGAUGUAGAGUAUGCUCUACUCAUUUUAUACCUGAAUUCAUAUUUCGCAUUUAAAAGUACUAUCAUGUGAUUAUAUUUUGUACAAUUGCAAGUUUCGCAAAUUAAAGCAAUUUAUAGAUAACAUAAA